AUGCCAAAAUUAGUAGAGAAUCCAUUCAAGGAGCAAAUAGUGAAGACCUUUUCGGAGGAUGGUGCUGGGAAUCUGAGCUUUAAUGACUUUGUGGACAUGUUCUCGGUGCUUAGUGAAAUGGCUCCCAGAGAGCUCAAAGCUAUUUAUGCCUUCAAAAUCUAUGAUUUCAACAUGGAUAAUUUCAUCUGCAAAUCUGACAUGGAGAAGACUCUCAAUAAGCUGACCCGGGAGGAGCUCGCACCCGAAGAGGUGACCCUGGUCUGUGAGAAAGUGAUUGAAGAAGCUGAUUUGGAUGGUGAUGGGAAGCUUAACUACCUGGAUUUUGAGAAUAUGAUUGGCAGAGCACCCGAUUUCCUCAGCACUUUCCACAUUCGUAUCUGA